AUGGGUCGACGGGAAUUUGUGACCAGUGUCGUCGCUCAGGCUCGAAGUGCACUUUCAAUGAGAGACGCGUCGCUCGAGGCCGUCGUCGUUCAACGCAGUUCCCCUUCGAAGACGCCUCUGGAAUCGUACCAAGGAGCAAUGAUCAGUCUUGCAACGUCCCCAGACCACACGACAAAAGAUACUCUAGAAGGCCGUUAUGAGGCGCCGAAGUCAUCAUCGAAACAAGACAAGCCUAGUCAAGUCAAUGAAUCUUCCCUUUGGCCUGCUUCCUCGUUCGGUGAGAUGUUCAUUUCGCCAGCCGAAACAACAGAAUUGUUUUGGCCUACUGCAAUGGAGAAUGAACUGGCUCUCCCAACAAAUACUGAAACUCUACCGGAAAGUGGUGACCCUAACGACACGACCGGCUUGCUGGAGGAGCACAAAAUCUCAAACAUUCAGCAAGGAUCAUUUUGGGAGGAUCUUGCUAGAUUGCGCUAUGAAGGUGCCCAGCAUGAUUCGGUGGUAGACCAUGAACCCUGGACGAUCCUAGAGCAGUUCUUUCAAACUGGACAUCUGAUCUUCCCGAUCUUGUACUAUCAUGAUUUGCACGCCCGGUUGACACUGGAACCAGAUUGGCAAGCGGUGCCGUCUCUCCGCACUUUGGUCCUAGCCAUGCAGCUGAUGUUGGCCGCUGGUCAAUAUCGAAUGAAGAUCGGUCCAGCCAGUGCAGUCUCCGAACUGGCUCGUCGCGUAGAAAUGUCUCGCCUCGACUACGACUUUGCUGAGACUCCCUCCCUUGACGAAGUGGCCAUUUCCCUCUUCCUCUUUACCGCCUACAACGUUCUCGAAAAGCACGGGCGUGCUUUUUUGUAUUUGGACGAAUGCCUUUCUCUCAUGGAAGCCGUUGGACCGGUGAGUGAAUGGGACGAGCCUAGGAGAAUUCGAAUGGAGCACGUUUUGUACAACACCGAGGCAGCUUCUCUUGCCAUUUACGCUGGUAACAAACGAAAACGAAAAGCGCGCGUGCCAAGUCUCAAGUUGGACGAUGCUGGAAUCGCUGCCUUUGCGGGGCUCGAACAUGACCAGGACGUCGAUCAAAUGGCAAUCAAAUUGUUAAGACGUCUGACCGAAAUCCAUCUCUCCGAGCACAGAGGGCCACUCCAGAGCGUCGAAUCCGCCUCACAAGCCGACGCAGACUUGUUGUACGAGGCAGCCUGCCAGAGAAAUCCCUUUUACAGAAUUCAAGCUGCCGAUGUGGCAAUUUCUCGCCAAUGGCAAUUGUCUCGACGACUUCUAGACGACCAGCGCUCAACGCGGUCCUCAUCAUUGAGGAGGCUCGAUAAAGCCGCCAUUCAAACCCUGGGCACGGCAGCUAUGGCUGGAAUAUGUCUCCUACAGGAGGGCGAGGUUCGUAUUGUGGGCUUGGGCAAGUUAGCAGGCUUGGUUCAGAACAUGUUUGCACUAAGUGGAACUCGUCAAUGCGAUUACUCUGUGGCUGGGAUCGUGGGGGCCAUUGUCCGGGAGGAUCACGAGCGGAAUUUUGCUUUUGCCGUCGAGGAUGUCCUUGGAACGAUGCUAGCUACCAUUCCUGCAUCACUAGGGAACCCGACUAAGCCCUAUACGACCGAAAAGCAAAUUCGAACCAUCAUGAUCGACGAUGGUUGCAUACACAAACCCGCUGUUCCUUCAGGAUAUUCAUUCUGCCGUGCAAACAGAAACGAGGACAUUGAGUCAUGCGGAGAUGUGGUUGAUAUGGGUCUACCAAUGAGCAUGUCCUGA